UUUCAUUUACAUAAAUCAAGAAAAAGUAUUAUUAUUAUUUUUGUAUAUGAAAUUUGGACUUAUAAAUUGUGUUUGUAUAAACUUAUCAGCUUUUAGUUUUGAGUAACAAAUCUAUAUAUAAGUUUAAAAUCUAUUGCUCUUAUUAUAAUUUAUUAAAACACUGUACAGUUCACAUGUGCAAACAUGUGGUCUAAUAUUUUAAAAAUUUGUUUAGCUCUAGUUGUUGCUUCAACAACACUGGCUGGGCAUACACCACAGGUAUCUACUUCUAUUUUGGAUGGAUUUGCAGAUGACUUGAAUAUACAGCCAUUUGUAAGAGUAGAUGAAAAACUAUAUCAUUUCGGCCAAAGCAAGGUUUCUUGGCAUAAGGCGUUUUUGAUUUGUCGUUCUAUGGGUGGUUUUUUAGCUUCGUUCCACUCUCAAGAUGAAUUGACUGCCUUAUCUAAUUAUAUGAUUGAAAAGUAUCCUUUAGAUCGUUGGUGGUGGUUGUCUGGUUCUGAUAUAGAUUCGGAAGGUGAUUUUUAUUGGUAUAAAACUGGCGAACGUAUAAGCUACGCUGACUGGUCUUCUGGUCAACCAGAUAACAACGGUGGUCAUGAGAAUUGUGUACAUUUAUGGUAUAUAAAACCAAAAUAUCAAACGAAUGAUUGGAGAUGCAAUCAGCUGGCAUAUUAUGUUUGUGAAGCUGAUAAACCAAAAACUAUAGUUGUGAGUGUGUUCUAAGUAAGAUGUUAUUUAGAAAUAAAUAAUAUGAAUAUUUCAAUAUAAAGACUAAAUGGAAAAUAACCAUUCGAACGAGAUCAUAGUUUUUGUGAAUAUGGCUUGCAGAAAAAAUUAAACAUGACUGUAUGAAAUGUGUAUUAUAUCCGAUCUUACAUGUUCCUAGUUCAGACUAGGAAACUUUUUUGGGAAACUUUUGAUUUUUGUGUGUGAGAGAAAGAGAAGAGAUGGUUGAUAUUUAUUUCUACAGUUUUAGUUUGGAACAUCACUGAUGUAAACUGAUGUUGACAUGUCCCCUCAGCUAUAAGUGCUCUAACUAUUAUUGCAUUAUUUCUCAUAUCCUAAUUUAAAUUCUCAGAAAUACUGUUUAUUUUCACUGUAAUAUUAUCACCCGCAAUUAAAUAAUUAUAUUGGUAAAUUUAUAUUACAUCUUUAUUUAUACAAAUAUAUGUAUUUUAAAAAAUGUGACUUUUUUAUAA